AUGUGCAUAAAAGAUCUCACACAGGGGAGAAGUCCUAUUCUUGUACUGUGUGCGGGAAAUGCUUUUCAGACAAGUCCAAUCUUUCUGCCCAUCAGAGAUUGCAUACUGGGAAAAAGACAUUUUCCUGUCCCGAGUGCGGGAAAUGUUUUUCAGUCAAGUCCAGUCUUUGCAUACAUCAAAGAUCUCACACGGGGGAGAAGCCAUAUUCAUGUCCUGAGUGUGGGAAGGAUUUCCAGCGUAAAUCAGAUCUUAAUGUGCAUAAAAGAUCUCAUACGGGGGAGAAGCCAUAUUCCUGUCCUGAGUGCGGGAAAUGUUUUUCACAGACAUCCCAUCUUUACAGUCAUCAGAGAUUUCAUACGGGGGAGAAGCCGUAUUCCUGUCCUGAGUGCGGGAAAUGUUUUUCAAAUAAGUCCAGUCUUCAUAAACAUCAAAGAUCUCACACGGGGGAGAAGCCUUAUUCCUGUCCUGAGUGCGGGAAAUGUUUUGUAG